CAUGAGGAAACAACCGUUGAAGAUCCGCUGACCAGAGCAAAAUCCAAGGUUUGGUUAUUCUGUGAACGAAUUGAUGAAGACGGGGAAUCAAAAGCAAAAUGCAAAAUUUGCGGUAUGGUUAUGCUGCGUAAAUUAGGUUCCACAAGAGCGAUGCUACGACAUCUACGGAAAAUGCAUGAGAAUUUAAUCGAUGGCAUCAUACGGCCGAUAACGAAACGCAUUCAAGCGAUUGCUGGUAAACCACGAGAUAAUAAUGGAUUUGAUGUGGAUGAUGAUGGUGCUUGGGUGGAAGAAGUUGACCAGCCCGGAUAUGACUGUGGCACUACUCAACAUCGAUACGUAACAACAGCAUCACAGCAACAACAAAGACUCGCAGCUGCAUACAAAUCGCAGAAUCUCACACGUUUUGCUCAGCCAGAGCAGCAACCCGAGCAAUAUCAUGGUGAUUACUACUUGGAAGAAGCAAGCUCGUAUGGCAGUGAUUUUGUGGAUGUGCUUUAUGUGGGCGAUCAAAAUUCUUACGAAGAAGUGAUCCCAAAACAC